AUGUCAUCAACUUCAGGAAAAGUCUACUUCAUCACAGGUGCCAAUCGUGGUAUUGGGUUCCAACUAGCUAAGCAACUAGCAGAAACACCAUCAAACACCGUCAUUGGUACUGCUCGUGAUCCUUCAAAGGCAACCGAAUUUAAAUCAUUAGCUUCAGCAAAUCCUAAAGUCCAUAUCGUGAAAUUAGAUGUCACUUCUGAGGAAUCAAUCGCUGAAUUGGAUUCACAAUUGGCCAAAGUUGCUCCAGAAGGUAUUGAUACAUUCAUUGCCAAUGCUGCAAUUUCAGAUUCUUAUCAACCUGUUUUAGAGACACCAAAAUCUAACUGGUAUGCCCAUUAUACCACAAAUGUUGUUGGACCAAUUGAAAUUACCAAAGUUCUUUAUCCAUAUUUGUUGAAAAGGGAAACAAGACAAUUAAUCUAUACAUCAAGUCUUGUUGGUUCAUUAUCAGGUUUCUUCCCAUUAUCCACAGCUGCUUAUGGUCAAUCAAAAGCAGCAUUAGACCAUACUGUCUUGUCACUAAGUUUUGAAUUGAAAGAUGAAGGAUUCACAGUUAUUGCUGUUCAUCCAGGUGGUGUUCAAACUGAUAUGGGUAAUUAUGGUUUACCAAAAUUAGUUAAAAACCAUCCAGAAGCUGGUAAAUUGUUGAUGGAGGGUUCUAUUAGUGCUGAACAAAGUGCUAGUGAUCAAAUCCAUAAAGUCUAUGAGAAAUUGACUAAGGAGUCUAAUGGUAAGUUUUUCAACUAUGAUGGUUCUGUAUUACCAUGGUGA